GCCUGCCGUGUUCCGACGGUUCGCUCUCCGGCGCUGGGAAGCGAAGCUUCCGCCGUCCCCGAGCAUGGGAUGGAUGAGCCGUGCGAGCGCGACUCCUGCUCGGCGGCCGCCGGCAUAAAAGAAGGAGCGGGUCGGGAUCCCUGGGACGCACCGCUGGAUUUGCUGGAAGGCGGCCAGAUGGGCAACAAGAGCAAUGUGUCCUUCCUGCAGCUCUUCAAGAACUUCAAUUUGGAACGAGCCGAUGGGAUGCAAGGAGACAGCUCCGACGUGGUGCGGAUUGUCAUCUCCCUGGUGUACUCCGUGGUGUGUGCCCUGGGGCUGGUGGGCAACCUGCUGGUUCUCUACCUGAUGAAAAGUAAGCAAGGCUGGAGGAAGUCCUCCAUCAACCUCUUUGUGACGAGCCUGGCUGUGACUGACUUCCAGUUUGUGCUGACCUUACCCUUCUGGGCUGUGGAAAAUGCCCUAGAUUUCAACUGGCUCUUCGGCAAAGCUAUGUGUAAGAUUGUCUCCUAUGUGACAGCCAUGAACAUGUAUGCCAGUGUCUUCUUCCUCACUGCCAUGAGUGUGGCUCGAUAUCGCUCUGUGGCUUCAGCCUUGAAGAACCAGGGGCGAGGUGACCCUCUGGGUGGCUGCUGCUCUGCCAAGUGGCUUUGUGCAUUCAUCUGGUUGUUAGCAAUCGUGGCUUCUCUGCCCCAAGCCAUUUUUUCCACCACUGCCACCGUCUUUGAUGAUGUCCUCUGCCUUGUAAAGUUCCCCGAGGGCCGAGGCAGCAAUGCACAGUUCUGGCUGGGUCUGUACCAAACCCAAAAGGUGCUGCUGGGCUUCGUGCUGCCUCUGGCCAUUAUCAGCCUCUGCUACUUGCUCCUGGUGCGCUUCAUCAGUGACAAGCACGUUGGCAGUACCUGCAGUGGUCCCAGCACCAAACGCCGCUCUAAAGUGACUAAGUCAGUGUCCAUCGUGGUGCUGUCAUUCUUCUUGUGCUGGCUGCCCAACCAAGCACUCACAACGUGGGGCAUCCUCAUCAAGCUCAAUGUGGUGCACUUCAGUGCUGAGUAUUUCCUCUCCCAGGUGUACCUCUUCCCCAUCAGCGUGUGCCUGGCACACUCCAACAGCUGCCUCAACCCCGUCCUCUACUGCCUGAUGCGCAGGGAGUUCCGCAAGGCACUGAAGAGCCUCCUCUGGAGGAUCACCUCGCCUUCUCUCACCACCAUGCGUCCUUUCACUGAUACCACCAAGCCAGAGCAGGAGGAGCAAGCCCUGCAUGCCUUGGUGCCUGCCCACCCUGUUGCACCUGCUGCAGCUGCAGCUGCGGCUGCCCAACCGGAGCUGGCUUACUACCCACCUGGGGUGGUGGUGUACAGCAGCCGAUGUGACAUGCUGCCCACUGCCUCCAUGGAGCAACAGUACUGAGAUGGCUUUGGGGAUGGGACUGGGAGGGGGUUCUGUGCAGGAUGUGGCCCUGGGACAUUGAAUGCCUGUUAGGAACAAGGGGAGGUGAGAUAGGUGGGCAAGGGUGGGAGAAGCUUUUCUGGAGUUGUCUGCUCUUGGAAGCUGUGUGAUGAAAAUUAUCUUGAAAGUGUGCCCCAGAAUGGAGAACAGGAGGAGGAAGGGAUGUUGUGGGAUGCUAGGCAUCAGGGGGUCUCUCAGAGAUGCUUUUCAUUACUUGCACUUGUCCUGGCUCCUGCUGGAGCUCCAGCUGAGGGCUCAGCCAGCAAGGGUGAGGCUGGUUGGGGUGAAGCAAGGCUGUUCCACAGCAUCUUGGUAUGGGCAUGAAGGGGCCAGGAAAAGCAGGUACAGGGCUCCUGCUUGUUCAGGCUCAACUCUUUUCUCCCUUCCUAGGGACCAACCAAGAGGGGAGAAGGAGUGCUGUGCUUCUCUUUGAAUCCUUGCAGGAUCUACUUCUCCAGCUUCUUCAUCCCCUCUGCUACUACCGGCAUACAGAGCAGGAUAACAGAUACUGGACAUCCAAGGAGAAAGCCUGGGACAGGACUUGCAGCUUCACGAAGAGGGGUUGCUUUGGUUGGCUUUGGAGGGAAGGGAGUUGCACCCUACCACCUCUUAACAGCCCAGCUGUUAAGGCAUCUGUCCAGGCAUAUGGAGACUGCAGGUUCUGUUCUGUGCCUCAGACUGCUGGGCAGCUCACUCCAGCAGAUCAGCACAAUUGUAAAUAAAGGAGAAAAAGGGGAAAAAAAUCUACUUCAAACUGUUUGCUCCAGGAUACUUCUUAUUUCAGCUAAAACAAAUCACAAAGUUUUGUGGGAUCUGCACUGACACUUGCCAGUGUUUCAGUUAACUCAGUCUCAAAUCCUAAGGUGUGAGAAGCCCAAGAAGCUGCAGUUCAGCACCCCAGAGAAGGGCAGAAACUUCCUGUCCCAACCAGUGUUCCAAAGAAACAGCUGGGGAAUAAUUUGGGAUUGAUCUGAAACGAACUUGUAAAAGCAUGGGAAAAAAAAAAAAAAAGUG